CCGGGUGGUGAUAGCUUGCUAGCUUUCCGUUUUCUCUGUGUGACAAGCACGACUUGAUGGCCUUUGGGUUAAAUAGUGCUAGGCUUCCUUAAGCUUUUUUUUUUUUUUUUAAUGUGUUUCCUUUCCUAGACAUAAGGAAAGGCCCUUUCCCCAUGAGGGUGGUCAAGCAGCAGAGCUGGCAGCCCAGCCCCUCUGGGCUGGCGCUAUCCAUGGAGGUGUGAAGGACCUGACGAGAUAAAGCAGCCUGGUCUUUUCCCAUAGCUGACCCCACUUUGACCUCUCGACGUCCUUUCCAACCUGGAUUGGCCUAGGAUACUCUGUAUUUUUUUUCUAGAAAGCUUUAUGUUGGUCUAGUGUAAUUUUGUAACCCUUCUUUACUUUGUUUCCACUAGCAGUGCAGAACCAGAGAUUCAUUUUCCAAGUGCAGAAGCGUGAAUGCUUACUCUACUAUGCAUUAGUCUACAAAACGCCACCUAUUACUGCUCGAUUUCUUCACAAGCUAUUCAGAUCCUAUCUACACUGCUUUCUUCUGGGGCCGAAUUUCACGAUGUUGAGGGGAGUUGCUCACAGUGCAAAAGAUGUAUUUACUUUUCUGUUGGCAAGAUCUCAGUCCUGUAACCCAGGAUUGAAUUUUUCAUCAGCGUGGACUGAAGUAGCAAACGGAAGCUUCCCAAAACAUUCCACUUACACAACUGAUACAACAUCAAGAGAGGAAAAUAAAAAUACCGUUGAGAAUCUCUACAAACUGUCAGUUGACGUUAAGAAAAUACGCAGACUGAAGGAAUGGGUCCUUCUCCAGGAUGUGGCCUAUGUUAAAGAAAUUGCAGGCAUCUUACAGGAAAUGGGAGCAGAUGCGACCGCUGUAGCCAACAUUUUAGAACGCUGCCCAGAGGCAAUUCUGCAGCCCCCUGCAGAGAUAAACUCUCAAAGGGCUCUAUGGCAAUUAGUUUGCCAGAAUGAAAAACUGUUAAUUAAAUUAAUACAGCAAUUUCCAGAGUCUUUUUUUACUACUGAAUAUCAUGAGAACCAGAAGGCAAAUAUACUAUUUUUUCAAGAGUUAGGACUGAAGAAUAAUAUAAUCACCAGGUUCUUGACAAGCGCACCCACUAUUUUCUAUAAUCCUGUUGAGAAAAACAGAAACGUGAUAGAAACAUUACAGAGAAAUUAUUUAAGUUUAGGAGGUUCUGAUGCAAACAUGAAGAUCUGGAUACUGAAGCUAUUGAGCCAAAAUCCAUUUAUUUUAUUAAACACCUCCACCACAAUCCAGGAGAACUUGGAAUUUCUGCAGAAGAAUGAGUUCACUGACCAUGAAGUUCUACAGCUGCUGUCCAAACUUAAAGGUUUCAUUUUUCAACUUACUUCUACGACUAUGCAGAAGAGCAUGCUUUUUUCCAAAAGUGUCUUUAAGUGCAGCGAUCAAGAACUAAAACAUCUCGUGCUGAAAUGCCCAGCCCUUCUCUACUAUUCUGUUCCUGUUUUGGAAGAAAGGCUUGAAGGACUACUGAAGGAAGGAAUUUCUGUAGCGCAGAUUAGAGAGACACCGAUGGUGCUGGAGUUGACAACGCAAAUUGUUCAGUACCGAAUUAAAAAACUCUCUGCUUUGGGAUAUGAUAUCAAGAGUGGAACUCUAGAAAGCUUGAGUGGUACUAAGAAAGAUUUUGAAGUCAAUUAUGGUAAGAUACAAUCAAAGAAGGAGAGACCAAUUUUUAAUCCUGUUGCUCCUAUAAACAUUGAAGAUUGAUUUGAAUGCUGUCCUUUAAAUUACGUAAAAGAAACUUAUCAAGGAGAAAUUAUUGGUUCUUUGAGAAGAGCCAAAACAAGUAAUCUUAACCAGAUUGUAGUCUUACAAUGUAGACUGUAGUCUUACUGUACCUUGUCCUGGAGUGGGUCUUAGCCACAACUUUGUUAUAUAAUUGAGCCUUUCUAAUGCUUUCAAGUAACACCUCAGAACCUGGUUAUGAUAAAGGUUGCCUUUUUUCCCCAGGGAGAACCACGCAUGUUCUUUUGGUUCUGUUACAUUUCCUUAUCUAACAGGGCAUUAACCGCUUUGGAUUUCCAGCUCCGUCACUGCGCAGUCCAGCCUGUGGUAGUGAUUAGCACAAUCUUUAUCUGAGAAAGAUGAAAGGAGGGCUAUUUUUUCCAGCAGUGUUCAUCAGCCCACCGUUUCCCUGACUUUUGGUGCUCCGUUCCUUAUUGCUGCAGUAAGUAGCUGCUCUAACCCCCGGAUCCUGACCUGCAGGCUUGACUUCUUGGAUAGGAGAGCCUAGGCAGAGUGCAGCCUGAGAACAGGGGCAGGACACAGCGAUUUUUAUUUAGUGGCUGCUACAGUGAGGCCCUGGUAUGUUUGUGUACAAACCAUAAUGCAAGGAAACUACAAGAAAACCUCCUUUACAUUUCUGAGACUUCAAAAUUUGCUCCUUCUGCAAAAGGCUUGGGGCAGGAGGAAAUACAGUUAUUACUAUCGUCUAGUUCUCCAUUUCUUCUUUUCUAGCACGGCUCUGGGAGAGAAAAAGGUUACGGAAAGACUCAAGUGAGUCUCAAACAGUUGUAGGAGAAAGGAAAAAGUCAUGCUUUUAUAUUAGGUGUAACAAAACCCUAGUCUGUAAACCACUGGUGAUUAAAAAUGACUACCAGAUUUGCAAACAGCUGCCACCGUUUCUAAAUAUAUGGGUGACAUUGCUUCUCAGAUAUCACCGUAUGGUAAUUGUUGACAAGUGCUGGCUUUCAAAAUAGUAACUAUCUGACAGUGUUUAAGUUCUAUGGGGAUUUUAUUUAUUCUCAUGGAUGGGCACUGUGAAUGAUAAUAUAAAAUAGUAGCGUCACUGACGAUCAUCUUAAUAGAAUUAGGAUCAUCACUGAUUUUAUUUCUCAGACUUUCCUAAGCAACUAUUCCAUACACAUUCCCUCUUGACAGCAGGAGAAAAAACCAGUUACACACCCCCCUCACUCCAGGCCAUCCUUCAAGGUAAUUUUUAACAGACAUUUUGACAGCAAGUCCAGGAUUCUUUUUCUUAAAGAGAAGUUUUAAAUUGCCGAGGAAGCUGGUACAGAAUUCCUGUUUAGAAGGCAGGCUGCAAGAUGAUGAUUUUAUAUAGCCUGUCAUGUUAUCCACUGCAAGCUUGGAAAGAGCUAGAAACAUCUGGUUAGAGCAGUGCCAGGAUCUCAACAGCUGAAGGUCUUAAACUCGCCACCAUGCAGGCGAGCAUGGUCAUGACAGCAAGUUGUGGGGGGUAAACAUUGCUCUUUAGGGGCACGUGUGACAGUGGCGAGAACUCAAGAAGGGGCACAUGUCACCAGCAUGAUAAAAGCCAGGCUGUGCUACUAAGCCAUGUCUUUGCUGACUCUUCAAAGCACAUUACUGUUUAAGAGGAAACUGGGAAGAUAGCCAUAUUAAAAAUUCAGAGGAACUUGCCUGCGUCACUUUCUGACUGUCCUUCAGUGCUCAGCUAUUAAGCAGACCGCAGUAUUAUUUUGAAUUCAAAAGCAUCCUUCCCCUCAGACACAAGGGGGCAUUUCAGCUCUCUGAAGCUAUUCAUAACACAAGCUGUAUUGCCAAACCAGAGCCAAUUGGUGGUUUAGGAUGAAAAGGAAACCAAGAUGCAGCACAGUGUUUUCCCUGAAAGUUUAGUUCCUGCGUUUCUACAGGUAUCUGUUUUUAAAGCUCCUGAGAGCAGCUUAUUCCCACCACUUAGAGUAUUUCCAGUGGCAAUGGACAAAAUGGGAAAGUGACAUUUCCUGAAUUGAGUCACAGCCUGAAUUAUCAAAAGCUCAUUUUCCAUUCUGAAUGUUUCAAUUUCUCCUCCUCCCCUUCCAAAACAGAAGCAUAAGCAAAAAGACUCCUUUUUUUCUCUACCAGCAGACCGAAAUUCAUUCAAUCCUUCAUUCAUAGCUCUACACCUGGGACCCGCUUCUCUCUUCUUCACAGAACUAAUUUUUAAUAAAACCUCCGGGAAGCUCUCAA